AUGAGUCCCAAUGCAAAGCUCAAAUAUAUGGAGUGCUUCAGUCAAUGUUCUAAAAUAGUACAUCACACUGAAAAGACUAACUAACAGGUCAUCCAAAAAUUAAGCAAUCUAGUGAGUAGUGAGGAGUUUUUGAAGGAGUUGGCAUAAGAAAUAGGUAAUACUUCAACUAACGAAGAUGAUGAGGAGGACAGCAACGAUUAAACUAGCUAGGAGAAUAAUGAGUAAAGUGAUGAAGAUAUCGAUGAGGAAGGAGAAGACGAUAUGGAUGGUGAAAUGAAGGAAGAUGAAGGAGAUAACGAAGAUGAUGACAAGUUCGAUGAGGAGUUUGAAUAGGAUGAAGACGAGGAUGAGGAGUUGGAAAGGUAUUUAGAUGACUAGGACGAAGAAGAGGAAAUGAAAGAUCAAAUCAAGAUUCCAUCUGACUUAGAAGAUGAUGAUGAAGACGAGUUUGGAGAUGAUGCUAAACUGGACGAUGAGGGAGAAGAGUUUGAUCAGUUUAAGGAUGAAAUGGGUGAUGAUUUUGCAAAUGAAGAUAAUGUGUUCUAGGAGGCAAACGAUAGAGAUGAAAUGGAUCUCUUGAAGUAUGCUAAAGAGGAGCCAAAGAACACUGAAUUCACAAAUAAAGAGAUGCUUUCCCGUAUUCAGAAGAUUGAGGAUUAGAUGAUUGGCUCUAAGUCCUGGCAUUUACUUGGAGAAAUCUAAGCCAAAGAGAGACCUAUGAAUAGUUUGCUUGAGGUGCAUUUAGACUUCAAUGUAGCAAGUAAGCUACCCCCUCAGAUUACUCAGGAAAAGACUAAUGGCUUGGAGGCUGUAAUAAAGCAACGUAUUAUGGAUGAACUAUUUGAUGAUCCAAUCAGAAAGUAUAUUAAAGGCAGAAAGGAAGGAGAUGAUGAGGAUCAGAUGGACUUCACUAAGAGCAAGAGAGGCCUUGGAGAGUAGUAUGAAGAUGACUAUAGGAAAAAACUUGUACAGAGCAGUGAUGACCCCAAUAGCUUUUUGAGAGGCAGUGACAUUUUAUCAGGUGCGGAUUCUACACUUAAAAAGGAAAUAAGCGAGCUGAUGAGAAAUCUGUUCAACUAACUAGACUAACUCAGCAACUUCAACUAUGUCCCUAGAGUAUCCUAGAUCAAGGAGGCUACAAUUUCGACUUAAAACGUGCCUGCAUUGAUGAUAGAGGAGUCUCUGCCAAUUUAAAUCUCACAAGCUUAGACUAAGUCAGCAAGAGAGACCUUCUCAAUUCACGAUCAGAAGUUGAGAGAGAAAACUGAAUUGACGAAGGAAGAACGCAGGAAGGAGAGAGCAACUAGAAAGAGAAAGAUCAAGACCCACUUGCACAAGAAAGAAUUGGUCUAGAAGGAAAAGAAAAGAGAGAUGGGUGUGGGAAUGCUGGUUGACAGAUUCGCUAUGAAGGACAUCAAGAGAAAGCAGGACAAGAAGAAGAAGAUGAAGGAGGGCGCAGUUGAUGAGAAGGACAGCAAGAGCAAGGGCGGAAACAAGAAUGAGAUGAAGAGUUCUAAGUUCUUCAAGAGAAUGGACGAGGUAGUCAAAAGUGAUGCUGCUAAGAAAGAAAGCAAAAAGAGGUCUAAGCUGGAAAAUACUAAUAGUAUUUAUGUUAAUCAUGACAAUAAACCGAGUAAGAGAUUCAAGUUGUGA